AUGUGACAUGUCUGUGAAGAUACCAUCAAACAAACUCGACUCUAUUCCCUAUGUUCCAUUUAUGACUAAACCUUUGGGUGAAGCUCCUUCUUUAUGUACAAUGUCAGCAUAUAUUUAUUCACUUACACCCCGAGAUUCAUAA